AUGGCGGUGCCGGUGGAUCCCGGUUCGUCCCCGCUGCUGGCGGCCGCUCGCCGGGCGCACGAAGCGGCUUUCGGGAGUGCGGCCGUGCUGGCGGCGUGGGCCCCCGGCCGGGUCAACCUCAUCGGGGAGCACACCGACUACAACGGCGGCUUCGUGCUGCCCAUGGCCCUGCAGCUGGGGACAGUGCUGGUGGGAUCCCCCACGCAGGACGGGACCAUCUCCAUUGUCACCACCUCGGCAGAGGCAGAUGAGCCCCACAGGGUGCAGUUCCCUGCUCCCAGUCCUGGCAGCUCCCUGAGCCCGGGGCUGCCUCGCUGGGCCAACUACGUCAAGGGUGUCAUCCAGCACUACCGGGGUGGUCCCGUGCCAGGCUUCAGUGCUGUCAUGGCCAGUGACAUCCCCCUGGGCGGGGGCCUCUCCAGCUCGGCUGCUCUGGAGGUGGCUACCUACACCUUCCUCCAGCAGCUCUGCCCUGAUGACGGGGAUUUAGUAGCCAAGGCUCUGGCGUGCCAGAAAGCAGAGCACACGUUUGCUGGGAUGCCCUGUGGGAUCAUGGACCAGUUCAUAUCUGUGAUGGGCAAGGAAGGCCACGCACUGCUCAUCGACUGCAGGUCCCUGGAGACCGUCCCUGUCCCGCUGACCGAUGCCAGCCUGGCCGUGCUCAUCACCAACUCCAACGUGCGGCACACGCUGACGGGCAGCGAGUACCCCACGCGCCGGCGGCACUGCGAGCAGGCAGCAGCAGCUCUUGGCAAGGCCAGCCUCAGGGAUGCCACCCUGGCCGAGCUGGAAGAGGCCAGGAGCAGGCUGGGGGAUGAGGUGUUCCGGCGGGCCAGGCACGUCAUCGGUGAGAUAGCCCGGACAGCACGGGCAGCACAGGCACUGCAGCACAGGGACUACAGAACAUUUGGGAGGCUGAUGGUGGAGAGCCACAACUCCCUCAGGGAUGACUAUGAAGUGAGUUGCCCGGAGCUGGAUGAGCUGGUGGCAGCAGCCCUGGAGGUCGAUGGGGUUUAUGGCAGCAGGAUGACCGGGGGAGGCUUUGGAGGCUGCACGGUGACACUGCUGGAAGCUGGGGCUGCACACAGAGCCCAGCAGCACAUCCAGGAGAAAUACAGUGGCACAGCCACCUUCUACCUCACCAAGCCCUCGGGAGGGGCAAAGGCUCUGUCCCUGUAGAGGAAUGACCUGGGAACCUUGGGCUGGCAUUGCCUCCCUCCCUGAGGCUUUCCCAAGGGGAUCAGUUUGUCCAUCUGCAUUAUUUGCCUAAUAAAAGCAAAACAUUUGCACAGUU